UGUAAACAUGCAUCGCCUGGCUCUUUCCCUGGGCCUCGGCUUCUUGUUUCACGUCCCUGAAACGUGGCUCUUUGCCUAUUUCGCUUCCGUGUCGUGGGCUGACACCCAGGGCCUUUUCCCCAGGCUGGAGAACGUGGGCGCUUUCAAGAAGGUCUCCGUCGUGCCAACCCACGCGACUUGUGGCCUCCUGGGCCGGAGCACUUUUUGUCAGAGCCCAGCUGCCGCCGAGAGCCUCCGGGCCUGUCCCCAGCAGUUGUGCAUUCAGGAUUGCCCGUACCGAUCAUCACCCGCCACCUACACGGCCCUUUUCUCAGCGGGCCUCCGCAGCUGCGUCAUCGUGGACAAGCGAGACUUGAGUCCCAAAGCCCAGAGCCGCUCUGCAAGCCUCAUUUUUGGAAAUCACAAGAACUGCUUUGCUUCUCCCCCGGCUCCAAGGCUGGCAGCAUCAUUUACUCUGGCUGUGUGGCUGAAAGCUGAGCAAGAGGGUGUCAUGUGUGUCAUAGAAAAGACGAUGGACGGGAAGAUUGUGUUCAAACUUACAAUAUCUGAGAAAGAGACCAUGUUUUAUUAUCGCACAGUAAAUGGUUUGCAGCCUCCAAUAAAAGUAAUGACACUGGGGAGAAUUCUUGUGAAGAAAUGGAUUCAUCUUAGUGUGCAGGUACACCAGACAAAAGUCAGUUUCUUCAUCAAUGGUUUGGAAGAGGAUAAUACAGCUUUUGAUACAAGAACUCUAAGUGGUUCCAUGGUAGAUUUUGCCUCUGGCACUGUGCAAAUAGGACAGAGUUUAAAUGGUUUAGAACAGUUUGUUGGAAGAAUGCAAGAUUUUCGACUAUACCAAGUGGCACUUACAAACAGGGAGAUUCUGGAAGUUUUCUCUGGAGAUCUGCUCAGACUGCACAUCCAGUCCCACUGCCGCUGCCCUGGCAGCCACCCUCGGGUCCAUCCUUUGGAACAGCGGUACUGCAUCCCGAACGGUGCAGAAGACACAACUAGUGAGAGGGUGUUACGGCUGAGUCCUGAAGCCCAUCCGCUUUCUUUCGUCAAUGACAACAAUAUUGGCACUUCGUGGGUUUCACGUGUGUUUGCAGACAAUAGCCAGCUUGAUCAAGGAGUGACUAUUUCAAUAGAUUUGGAAAAUGGACAGUAUCAGGUAUUUUAUAUUAUCAUUCAGUUCUCUAGUCCACAACCAACAGCAAUCCGGAUUCAAAGGAAGAAGGAAGACAGCCUAGAUUGGGAAGAUUGGCAGUAUUUUGCUAGAAAUUGCAGCACUUUUGGAAUGAAAAACAAUGGAGAUUUGGAGAAAUCUGAUUCUGUCAACUGUCUUCAGCUUCCCAAAGUUGCUCCAUAUUCUCGUGGUAAUGUCACCUUCAGCAUCCUAACACCUGGACCAAAUCAUCGUCCUGGGUACAAUGAUUUCUAUAACACCCCAUCUCUUCAAGAGUUUGUGAAAGCCACACAAGUACGACUUCAUUUCCAUGGACAAUACCAUACCACUGGGACUUCUGUCAACCCCAGACACAGAUACUAUGCAGUCAACGAAAUCACCAUCACUGGGAGAUGCCAGUGCUAUGGUCAUGCCGAUAACUGCGACACAACACGCCAGCCCUAUCAGUGCCUCUGCUCUCCGGAAAGCUUCACUCAAGGACUCCAUUGUGAUCACUGCUUGCCUCUUUAUAAUGACAAGCCUUUCCGCCAAAGUGACCACGUUCAUGCUUUUAAUUGUAAACGCUGUGAAUGCAACGACCAUUCGAGAAGCUGUCACUACAACAUCUCCGUGGACCCCUUUCCAUUUGAGCACCACAGAGGGGGUGGAGGAGUUUGCGAUGACUGUGAGCAUAACACUACAGGAAAGAACUGUGAGCUGUGUAAGGAUUACUUUUUCCGACAAGUUGGUGCAGAUCCUUCAGCCGUAGAUGUUUGCCAGCCCUGUGAUUGUGAUACAGUUGGCACUAGAAACAGUAGCGUCCUUUGCAAUCAGAUCGGAGGCCAGUGUAAUUGUAAGAGACAUGUGUCUGGCAGACGGUGCAAUCAGUGCCAGGAUGGAUUCUAUGACCUACGCAAGUGGGAUCCCGAGGGCUGCAGCCCAUGCAACUGUAAUGCCUCUGGGACAGUGAAUGGAGAUAUUACCUGUCACCCAGAUUCAGGCCAGUGCAAGUGCAAAGCAAAUGUCAUCGGGCUUAGAUGUGAUCAUUGCAAUUUUGGAUUUAAAUUUCUCCGAAGUUUUAAUGAUGAUGGAUGUGAGCCCUGCCAGUGUAACCUCCAUGGCUCAGUGAACAAACUCUGCAAUCCUCUUUCUGGGCAGUGCGAGUGCAAAAAAGAAGCCAAAGGACUUCAGUGUGACACCUGCAGAGAACACUUCUAUGGCUUGGACACGGCGGGUUGUAAGGCCUGUGACUGCGACCUAGCUGGGUCCCUGUCUGGCACGGUCUGCGAUGCUCAGACAGGACAGUGCGUUUGUAAGCCCAGUGUCGGGGGGAGACGGUGCAGCGAGUGUUUGGAGGGAUACUUCUACCUCCAGCAAAAUCAUUCUUUCCUCUGUCUGCCUUGUAACUGCGAUAAGGCUGGGACAGUCAAUGGCUCUCUGCUGUGUGACAAAUCAACAGGACAGUGUCCUUGCAAAUUAGGAGUAACAGGUCUUCACUGCAAUCAGUGUGAGCCUCACAGAUACAAUUUGACCACUGGCAAAUUUCAAGGCUGCCAGAUGUGUGAGUGUGACACCUUGGGGACAGUACCUGGGACUGUCUGUGACCCAGCCAGUGGCCAGUGCCUGUGUUUACCUAACCGUCAAGGAAGAAGGUGUAAUCAGUGUCUCCCAGGUUUUUAUAUUUCUCCAGGUAAUGCCACUGGCUGCCUGCCAUGUUCAUGCCACACCACUGGUGCAGUUCAUGACAUUUGUGAUAGCUUGACUGGUCAGUGCCUUUGCCAAGAUGCUUCUGUUACUGGACAAAGUUGUAACCAUUGCAAAGACCUUCACUUUGGAUUUGAUCCUCAGACUGGAAGAUGUCAGCCUUGCAGUUGUCACCUCUCAGGAGCCUUGAAUGAAACCUGUCACUCAGUCACAGGCCACUGUUUCUGUAAACAGUUUGUCACUGGCUCAAAGUGUGAUACUUGCGUUCCCAGCGCCAGCCAUUUGGAUGUGAACAAUCCGCUGGGCUGCAGCAAAACUCCAUCCCAGCAACCUCCACCCAGAGGACAAGUUCAAAGUUCUUCUGCUAUCAAUCUUUCCUGGAGUCCACCUGAUUCUCCAAAUGCCCACCAGCUUACUUACAGUUUACUCAGGGAUGGUCUUGAAAUCUACACAACUGAAGAUCAAUACCCAUACAACAUUCAGUCCUUCUUAGACACUGGCCUGUUGCCGUAUACCUCCUAUUCCUAUCACAUGGAGACCAGGAGUGUGAGCGGUUCCACAAAGAGUGCAGCUGUCACCUACAAGACAAAACCGGGGGCUCCAGAGGGAAGCUUGAACUUGAGUUAUAUCAGUCCUGUGCACUCAGACUCGGUGACGCUGACCUGGGCGACGCCUUCAAAUCGUUCUGGUCCCAUAGAGAAAUAUAUUUUGUCGUGUGCUCCCAUAGAUGGCGUCUACCCAUGUGUUCCUUAUGAAGGUCCUGAAACCACAGCUACCAUCUGGAAUCUGGUUCCAUUCACCAAGUACCAUUUUACUGUACAGGCAUGUACCAGUGGGGGCUGUUUACACGGCUCCCCCCUUACGGUGACCACAGCCCAGGCACCUCCCCGAAGGCUGGAUCCUCCGGUGGUGCGGAAGAUCAGUGCCUCAGAGCUUCAUGUAGAAUGGGCCCCUCCAGUGGAACCAAACGGCAUAAUUAUAAGAUAUGAACUCUACAUGGUAAGACUGAGAUCCAGUGGAGAAACCAGGUCAGCAGAAAGUCGAGUCUUUCAGAGCAGCGGCUGGCUCAGCCCUCACCAGUUUGCCACAUCAGCCAAUGAAAAUGCUUUAGAACCACCUCAGACAACCACAGUCAUCACUGGCUUGGAGCCGUACACCCAGUACAAGUUUAGAGUCUUAGCUGUGAAUAUGGCUGGGAGUGUGUCUUCGGCCUGGACCACAGAGAGAACUGGAGAAUCAGCUCCUGUGUUCAUGACCCCUCCUACCGUCUCGCCCCUCUCACCACACUCGCUCAAUGUGUCCUGGGAGAUGCCGGCAGACAACGUUACAAGAGGGAAGGUCGUAGGAUGUAAUAUCACUAUGAUUUCUGAACAGUCACCCCGACAAUCUCAUCCGGUGGUGUUUUCACAGGUGUUGUACACUGCUAAAUCCCAAGAACUGUCUUAUGUUGUAAAAGGACUAAAACCUUAUAGGAUAUACGACUUUACUGUUUCUCUCUGCAAUUCAGUUGGUUGUGUAACCAGUGCUUCGGGAGCCGGACAGACUUUAGCAGCAGCACCCGCCCAACUGAGGCCGCCUCUGGUGGAAGGAAUCAACAGCACAGCCAUGCGUCUUUGGUGGCUGGCACCUGAAGAGCAGAACGGGCCCCCUCCUACUUAUCAGCUGGAAAGGAAGGAGCCCUCUCUCUCGGCUCCCAGUGCUCCGAUGAUGAGAGGAACUCGUUUCAUCGGACAUGGAUAUUAUAAGUUCCCCAGCUCCACGCACCCCGUCAAUACAGACUUCACCGGCAUUAAGGCCAGCUUUCGAACAAGGGUGCCUGAAGGUUUGAUCGUCUUUGCGGCAUCACCUGGCAGUCAGGAAGAGUAUUUCGCACUUCAGUUGAAGCACGGACGCCCUUAUUUUCUCUUUGAUCCUCAGGGGUCUGCAGUGGAAGUUACCACAACUAAUGAUGCUGGUAAACAAUAUAGUGAUGGCAAAUGGCAUGAGGUCAUCGCUAUUAGGCAUCAGGCUUUCGGCCAAAUCACACUUGAUGGGCAGUACACAGGUUCCUCGUCCACCCUGAACGGUAGCACUGUUAUUGGGGAGAACACAGGCGUGUUUGUGGGAGGGCUCCCCCAAAGCUACACCAUCCUCAGGAAGGAGUCUGGCAUAAUUCAAAAGGGUUUUGUGGGCUGUCUCAAGGAUGUGUAUUUUAUGAAGAAUUAUAAUCCCUCUGCUACUUGGGAGCAUCUGGUUUGGCAGAGUUCUGAAGAGCGAAUCAACGUGUAUAGCAGCUGGGAGGGAUGUCCCACUUCAUUACAAGAGGGAGCCCACUUCCUAGGGAUGGGGUUCUUGGAACUUUAUCCGUACAUGUUUCACGGUGGGAUGGACUUUGAGAUUUCUUUCAAGUUCAGAACGGACCGAUUGAAUGGACUGCUUCUCUUCAUUUAUAACAAAGAUGGACCUGAUUUUCUUGCUAUGGAACUGAAGAGUGGAAUAUUGAGCUUCCGGUUAAAUACCAGUCUUACCUUUACCCAAGUGGAUCUGUGGCUGGGGCUGUCCUAUUGUGAUGGAAAGUGGAACAAAGUGAUUCUUCAAAAAAAAGGUCCCCUCGUAUCAGCCAGCGUGAACGAACUGACGGAGCGCGUGUCCCAGUCUGGAGCUCAGCCACUGGCGGUGAAUUCUGACAUCUAUGUGGGAGGAGCCCCGCAGCAGCUGCACGACUCUUAUAAACACCUGCACCUAGAACAAGGUUUCGGUGGUUGCAUGAAGGAUGUUAAAUUUGCAAGGGGUGCCGUCGUUAACUUGGCAUCUGUGUCCAGCAGUGCUGUCAGAGUCAAUCUGGAUGGAUGCCUAUCAACUGACAGUGCCGUUAACUGCAAGGAGAAUGACUCCAUCCUGGUUUACCGGGGAAAAGAACAGAGGGUUUCCGACAGUGGUCUCCAGCCUUUCACAGAGUACCUGUAUCGAGUAGUCGCCUCCCAUGAAGGAGGUUCAGUCCACAGCGACUGGAGCCGGGGCCGCACACCAGGGGCAGCUCCGCAGAGUGUGCCAACACCCUCAAAAGUCCGAGGCAUCAAUGGCUACAGCGUCGAGGUGACCUGGGAUGGACCUGCUGUGGUGAGAGGUGUAAUUGACAGGUACAUUCUGAGAGCCUACGGCCAGGAGGCUCACCCUCUGCCCCGCACGCCCGCUGCCAGCUCUGAGCUUGUCAAUACCAGCAGCUUCACAGGCGUAUUGACAGGCUUGCUCCCCUUCAAAAACUAUGCAGUAACCCUGACGGCGUGCACUUUGGCUGGCUGCACCGAGAGCUCGCAUGCACUGAACGUCUCUACUCCACAAGAAGCCCCACAAGAGGUUCAGCCUCCAGUAGCCACAUCCCUUCCCAAUUCUUUGCUGCUCUCCUGGAAUCCACCCAGAAAAGCAAAUGGUCCUAUAACUCAGUACUCUUUAUAUAUGGAUGGGAUGCUCAUCUAUGCAGGCAAUGGAGAGAACUGCACAGUCACAGAUUUAGCGGCAUUUACGCCCCACCAGUUUCUACUUAGUGCCUGUACACGUGUGGGAUGUACAAAUAGUUCCAUGGUCACACUGUCCACAGCACAGCUGCCACCAGAACGUGUGGAUCCCCCGAUUCUGACCAUCCUGGAUUCUAGAACUAUAUACGUACAGUGGAAACAACCAAGAAAAGUAAAUGGAAUUCUGGAGCGCUAUGUAUUAUAUAUUUCAAAUCACACGCAUGAUUUUACCAUUUGGGAUGUCAUCUAUAACAGCACAGAACUUUUUCAGGAUCACAUGCUACAAAACCUCUUCCCUGGUACUAAAUAUCUCAUCAAGCUAGGAGCUUGCACGGAGGGUGGGUGCACAGUGAGUGAGGCCAGCCAGGCCCUGACUGACGAGGGGGCCCCUGAAGGCGUGCCAGCCCCCAAAGUGCACUCGUAUUCACCUCACUCCUUUAACAUCUCCUGGACAGAGCCUGCACAUCCGAAUGGUGUUAUCACAAGUUAUGGACUCUACCUAGAUGGUAUCUUGAUUCAGAAUUCCUCGGAACUCAGCUGUCAUGCUUAUGGAUUUGCUCCUUGGAGCUUCCAUUCCUUCAGAGUCCAAGCUUGCACGGCCAGAGGUUGCACUCUGGGCCCACUGGUGGAAAACCGAACUCUCGAAGCGCCUCCUGAAGGAACAGUAAACGUGUUUGUCAAAACAGAGGGACCGCGGAAAGCCCACGUGAGGUGGCAGGCACCUCGUCACCCUAAUGGCCACUUAACAUGCUCCGUCCUUUUUACUGGCACUUUCUAUGCUUCCCAAGCGGACGAUAACUACACUCUUCUGCACGGCACACAAACCAUGCACAGGGGCGAAGAGACCGACGGCUGGAUACGCGUCGACGGCUUGGUUCCUUUCACUAACUAUACUGUCCAAGUGAAUGUUUCCAACAGCCAAGGCAGCCUGAUAAGUGACCCCGUAAUGAUUGCAAUGCCGCCAGGGGCUCCAGAUGGUGUGCUGCCUCCGAGGCUUUCAUCUGCCACUCCAACCAGUCUUCAGGUUGUCUGGUCUACACCAGCUCGUAACAACGCUCCCGGCUCGCCCAGAUACCAGCUCCAGAUGCGGCCCGGCCCCUCCACCCAUGGGCUUCAAGAGUUAUUUUCCAAUCCUUCUGCAUCGUUAAGCUACGAAGCGAGAGAUCUCCAGCCGCACACGGAGUAUGCGUUUCAGCUGGUGGCCUCCAAUGCUUUCGGCAGUGCGCGUAGCGCGUGGGUCCUGUUCACGACCGCAGAGGACAAACCUGGACCUAUGGACCCUCCAGUUCUUCUGGACGUGACGUCCAGGACGUUGCUGGCCACCUGGCAGCAGCCCUUACAAUGCAAUGGGGUCAUCACCCAUUAUAACAUUUACCAAAACGGCCAUCUGUCCUUGAAAACCUCUGGAAACGUCACUCAUUGUCCAGUGCUGCAUCUACGCCCAUACACUGCCUAUACGUUUCAAGUAGAAGCUUGUACUUCGAAAGGAUGCUCCCUCUCUCCCGAGUCCCAGGCCGUAUGGACGCGCCCAGAUGCACCAGAAGGCAUCCCAAGUCCAGAGUUGUUCUCUGACACCCCGACAUCCGUGAUCAUGUCUUGGAGGCCCCCCACCCAUCCCAACGGCCUGGUGGAGAACUUCACAAUCGAGAGAAGGGUCCGAGGGAAGGAAGAAGUUACCACCCUGGUGACCCUCCCCGGAAGUCAUCCCAUGAGAUUUAUCGAUAAGACGUCCACCCUUAGCCCAUGGACCACCUACGAAUACCGGGUCCUCAUGAGCACCCUGGAUGGAGGUGCAAACAGCAGCGCAUGGGCAGACGUGACCACAAGACCCUCGCGACCUGCUGGGGUGCAGCCCCCCGUGGUGGAUGUGCUAGGACCCCACGCAGUCAAGGUCACUUGGAACCCCCCCCUCAUCCCGAACGGCGACAUCCUCAGCUAUGAGGUCCGCAUGCCCGACCCGCAGGCCACCCUCACCAGCCUCACUUCCUCCACGUUAAGUCACGUCGUGACUCAUCUGAUUCCUUUCACGAACUAUUCUGUCACCAUCGUGGCUUGCUCAGGGGGUAACGGGCACCUCGGCGGGUGCACAGAGAGUUUACCCACCCCUGUGACCACACACCCAGCCCUGCCCCAAGGUCUGAGCCCGCUGUCUGUGAUCCCACUGAGCCCAUCGUAUGUGGGCAUUUCUUGGCAGCCGCCGUCCAGGCCCAAUGGACCCAAUUUGAGAUAUGAGCUUCUGAGACGUAAAAUCCAGCAACCACUUGCAUCAAAUCCCCCGGAAGAUUUAAAUCUGUGGCACAAUAUUUAUUCAGGAACUCAGUGGUUUUAUGAAGAUAAGGGUCUUAGCAGGUUUACAACGUACGGGUACAAGGUCUUUGUACACAACAGUGUGGGCUUCACAUCCAGCCAAGAAGCCACCGUGAGGACGUUGGCCGGGCGUCCAGAGAGAGGAGCAAACCUCACAGCAGUUGUUCUUAACCACACGGCCAUAGACGUGAGAUGGGCUACACCAACUUUUCAAGAUCUACAAGGUGAUGUUGAAUAUUACACACUUUUUUGGAGUUCGGCCACCUCCAAUGAAUCUUUAAAAAUUCUCCCAGACGUAAACUCGCAUGUCAUUGGCCACUUACAUCCAAACACAGAGUAUCGGAUUUUUAUCUCUGUGUUCAACGGAGUGGGCGGCAUCAACAGUGAAGUACUGCGCGCAACCACGUGCGAAGGGGAGCCUCAGGGCAUGCUUCCUCCAGAGGUUGUGAUCAUCAACAGGACAGCUGUACGUGUCAUCUGGACAGCUCCUUCCAACCCAAACGGCGUUGUCACGGAAUAUUCUGUCUACGUCAAUAACCGGCUCUACAAGACUGGCAUAAAUGUGCCUGGGUCUUUCAUUCUGAGAGACCUGUCCCCCUUCACCAUCUAUGACAUUCAGGUUGAAGCCUGCACACAAUACGCCUGUGUGAGAAGCAACGGAACCCAGAUCACCACCGUGGAAGAUACUCCAAGGGAUAUACCAGCCCCCAUGGUUCGUGACAUCACUUCCAGAUCCCUUCGCAUUGAUUGGGUGUCUCCAGGGAGGCCCAAUGGCAUCCUUCUCGGAUACGAUCUCUUACGGAAAACAUGGCGUCCAUGCCCUGAGACCCACAAGCUAAUCGGGGGCCACAGUGGGGAACUCUGCAAGGCAGUGAAGUGUCAACAACCAGAAACGCUCUGUGGACACAGGUGCUACUCUCCUGAGGCUAAGGUCUGUUGUCGAGGAACUCUCCACGACCCCCGACCUGGACACCGCUGCUGCGAAGAGAAGUACAUUGCAUUUGCCGCUAAUGCAACUGGAGUUUGCUGUGGUGGCCGAGUACGAGAGGCGCAACCAAACCACCAGUGCUGCUCGGGGUAUUACGUUAGAAUUCUCCCAGGUGAAGUAUGUUGUCCAGAUGAACAGCACAAUCGGGCUUCCACUGGCAUCGGCGACUCCUGCUGUGGCAGAAUGCCAUAUUCCACCUCAGGAAACCAGAUUUGCUGUGCUGGGAGGCUCCAUGAUGGCCAUGGCCAACAGUGCUGUGGUGGACAGAUUGUGAGCAAAGAUUUGGAGUGCUGCGGGGGACCACAAGAAGGUGUGACAUACAGUCGCCUUCCAGGGAUGUUCUGUUGUGGGCAGGAUUAUGUGAAUAUGUCAGAUACCAUAUGCUGCUCGGCUUCCAGUGGAGAGUCUAAAGCACAUGUUAAAAAGAAUGACCCGGUGCCAGUAAAAUGCUGUGAGACUGAACUUAUUCCAAAGAGCCAGAAAUGCUGUAAUGGAGUUGGAUAUAAUCCUUUGAAAUAUGUUUGCUCUGACACGAUUUCAACUGGAAUGAUGAUGAAGGAAACCCAGGCGUGCAGGACCGUCUGCCCAGCAUCCAUGGAAGCCACAGCACACUGCGGCAGGUGCACCUUCAACUCUACCAGCCACCUUUGUACUGUGAUCAGAGGAUCUCACAAUUCCAUCGGGAAGGAAUCAGUUGAAGAAAUCUGCUCAUCCACUGAAGAGACUGUUCACACGGGAGGUGUCAACACACUUGCCUUCACAGAUGUGAACCUGGAGCCGUACGUGACAUAUGAGUACAGGAUUUCUGCAUGGAACAGCUAUGGGCCAGGAUUCAGCCAGGCAGUCAGGACCAGAACAAAAGAAGACCUGCCUGAGGGUGUGAGUCCCCCCAGGUGGACCAGAGCAGACCAUCUUGAUGACGCAAUAGUCUUACACUGGAGGAAACCUGUCCAAUCAAAUGGUCCCAUUAUUUACUACAUCCUUCUCCGAAAUGGAAUUGAAUGUUUUCGAGGAACAGCGUUAAGCUUCUCUGAUACAAGAGGAAUUCAACCUUUUCAGGAAUAUUCAUACCAGCUGAAAGCUUGCACAGCGGCUGGCUGCACCACCAGCAGCAAGGUAGUGGCAGCUACGACCCGAGGAGUCCCGCAGCGCGUCCCUCCGCCCACCGUCACCGCCCCCAGUGCCGAGGCGCUGCACGUGAGCUGGGAAGUCCCUCCGGAGCCAAAUGGCAUCAUUAAAGAGUACCAGCUCUGGCGGGUUGGGAAAGGGCUCAUCUACACUGACACCACUGACAGGAGGCAGCAUACGAUCACAGGUCUGCAGCCGUACACCAACUACAGCUUCACCCUUACAGCUUGUACAUCUGCUGGAUGCACGUCAAGUGAGCCUUUUCUAGGUCAGACCCUGCAGGCAGCCCCUCAAGGAGUUUGGGUGACGCCUCGACACAUUAUUGUCAAUUCUACAACAGUGGAAUUGUAUUGGAGUCUGCCCGAAAAGCCCAAUGGCCUCAUUUCUCAGUAUCAGUUGAGUCGUAAUGGAACCAUGGUUUUCCUGGGCGGCAGCGAGGAGCGGAAUUUCACUGAUAAAAACCUGGAGCCCAACAGCAGGUACACGUACAAGUUAGAAGCCACAACUGGAGGUGGCAGCAGUUCUAGUGAUGAGUACAUUGUACAGACACCUGUGCUGACACCAGAAGACAUCCAGCCUCCACACAACAUCACAGUCAUUGGGCCUUCUUCCUUGUUUGUUGCUUGGAACCCGCCAGGGAUCUUUGUCCCCAAAAUGCCUGUGGAGUAUAAUGUCUUGGCCAACCCUGGAAGUGUGGCACCUCUGAUCUCCUCCGUCGGCCAAAAUCAGUCCACCCUUCUGGAAAAUUUGGAUCCAUUCACACAGUACGAGAUAAGGAUACAAGCAUGUCAAAAUGGAGGCUGCGGAGUGAGCAGUAGGAUGUGUGUCGAAACGUCGGAAGCAGCCCCCGUGGAUUUAAAUCCCCCUAUUCUUCAGGCGCUGGGGUCAGCCUGUGUAGAGGUGAAGUGGAGGCCUCCUCAAAAACCAAACGGAGUCAUCACCAACUACUUUAUUCACAGACGUCCUGCUGGCACUGAAGAGGAAUCUCUUUUGUUCCUCUGGUCAGAAGGAGCCCUUGAAUUGAUUGACGAUGCAGAUACUCUGAGGCCUUUCACGCUCUAUGAAUAUCGGGUCAGAGCCCUAAACUCCAGGGGCUCCGUGGAGAGUCCGUGGUCCUCCGUACGGACUUUGGAAGCCCCACCUCGAGAUUUGCCAGCGCCCUGGGCUCAAGCCACUGGUGCUCAUUCAGUUCUGCUCAACUGGACGAAACCAGCAUCUCCCAACGGCAUCGUCUCCCAGUACCACGUCAUCUACCAAGAGGCACGUGAUGACCCCGCGUUGAACGCCUCUGCUGUGCGGGCUUUCACCGUGACAGGAGCAACCCAUCAAGCCCACCUGUUCGGGCUAGAACCCUUCACCGCUUAUCGCAUUGGUGUUGUGGCCAAAAACCAAGCGGGAGAAGUUGCAAGCCCCUGGACUCUGGUUCAGACCCCAGAAUCGUCUCCAAGUGGGCUGAGCAACUUCACCGUGGAGCAGAAAGAGAACGGCCGGGCGUUGCUACUGCAGUGGUCAGAGCCCGUGCGAACCAAUGGUGUGAUUCAGACGUACCACGUCUUCAGUCACGGCGUCCUGGAGUACACUGGCCGGCAGCGUCAAUUUCUCUUCCGACGCCUGGACCCUUUCACCCUCUACACGCUGACCCUGGAGGCCUGCACCAGGGCAGGCUGUGCCCACUCGGCGCCCCAGCCCCUGUGGACGGAGGAAGCCGCCCCCCACGCUCAGCUGGCUCCCACCGUCCAGUCUGUGGGGUCCACCAGCGUUGAGCUGAGCUGGUCAGAGCCUGUUAGCCCAAACGGAAAGAUAAUUCGCUAUGAAGUGAUUCGCAGAUGCUUCAAGGGACAAGCUUGGGGGAAUCAGACAGUCCAAGCUGAUGAGAACAUCGUUUUCACAGAGUGUAAUACCGAGAGGAAUACAUUUCUGUAUAAUGACACAGGUCUGCAGCCAUGGAUGCCGUGUGAGUAUCAGAUCUGCUCUUGGAAUUCCGCAGGCCACACCUGUAGCUCUUGGAAUGUGGUAAGGACAAGGCAAGCCCCUCCAGAAGGUCUCUCUCCACCUGAGGUCACCCGGGCAUCUGCAAAUCCCCCCAAACUGCUGAUUUCCUGGCUUCCACCAAAACGGACUAACGGCGUAAUCCAGUCCUACAGGCUUCAAAGGAACGGCGUACUCUAUCCCUUCAGCUUUGAUGCUGUGACUUUGAAUUACACCGAUGAGGAGCUGCUUCCUUUCUCCACGUACAGGUACGCGGUCACCGCCUGCACCGGCGGGGGCUGCGCCACCAGCCGACCCACCAGCACCACCACCCCCGAAGCUGCCCCUGCAGGGGUCAGCCCUCCGGCUCUUUGGCCCAUCAGCUCCACUCAGAUAAAUGUAUCUUGGUCACCGCCAUCAAUUCCAAAUGGGCAGAUCACUCGGUAUUUACUCAGGGUGAAUGGUAAGGAGUACCUGGCCGGCCAGAGCCUGUCACUGCUAAUGUCCCACCUGCAGCCUCACACCCAGUAUCACUUCUCCCUGGUGGCCUGUACCAGCGGGGGCUGCACAGCCAGCACCGCCCGCUCUGCCUGGACGAUGGAGGCUCCGCCCCAGAACAUGGACCCUCCCAAGGUGCAAGUCACGGGCUCCGAAUCAAUAGAAAUCACCUGGAAGCCUCCACGAAGCCCAAACGGCCGGAUCAGAAGUUAUGAGCUCAGGAGGGAUGGGACCAUUGUGUACGCCGGCCUGGAAACGCGCUACCACGACUUCACGCUCACCCCGGGUGUGGAGUAUGGCUACACGGUGACGGCCAGCAACAGCCAAGGGGCUGCUGUGAGUCCGCUGGUCAGGGAUCGGACCAGCCCCUCGGCGCCCUCAGGGAUGGAACCUCCAAAAUUGCAGGCCAGGGGGCCUCGGGAGAUCUUUGUGACCUGGGACCCUCCCGUAAGGUCGAACGGGCCCAUCGUCAACUAUUCCAUCUUCAUCCGAGAGCUGUUUGAAAGAGAAACAAAAACCAUACCCAUAAACACCACUCACGAUUCUUUCGGCUCUCAGUCGCUCGUGGUAAACCAGCUGAAGCCCUUUCACAGGUAUGAGGUUCGCGUUCGAGCCUGCACCAGGCUGGGAUGUGCAUCGAGUGACUGGACAUCCACCCAGACCCCUGAAACGGCACCCGCGAGGCAACCCCCUCCACAUCUAGAGGUCCAAACGGUUCCCGGAGGGUUCCAGCCAGUGGUUUCCCUUCUCUGGACAGGACCCCUCCAGCCAAAUGGAAAAGUUUUAUAUUAUGAGUUGUACAGAAGACAAACGGGACCUCAGCCGGGGGCAUCCAAUCCAGUGCUGACCUAUAACGGGAGCACAAGCUCCUUUUUGGACGUGGAACUCUUGCCUUUCACAGAGUAUGAGUACCAGGUCUGGGCCGUGAAUGCCGCCGGAAAAGCCCCCAGUCGCUGGACGCGCUGCAGAACGGGGCCCGCCCCCCCGGAAGGUCUCAGAGCCCCCGCAUUCCACGUGGUCUCUCCCACCCAAGCAGUGGCCAACAUCAGCGCCCCCCAGAAGCCCAACGGGAUCAUCAGUCUCUACAGACUGUUCUCCAAGGACACGGGCGGGGCCCAGACGCUGCUGUCCGAAGGCCUGGCCACCCAGCAGACGCUUCACGGCCUGCAGCCGUUCACCACCUACUCCAUCGGGCUGGAGGCCUGCACCUGCUUCAACUGUUGCAGCAAAGGGCCGACAGCAGAGCUGAGAACUCCUCCCGCUCCACCUUCGGGACUGUCCCCUCCCCAAAUCCAGACGCUGGCCUCCAGGACAGCCUCCUUCCAGUGGAAUGCCCCGCUGUUCCCCAACGGUGUCAUUCUAAGCUAUGAGCUCCAGCUCGACGUGGCUUGCCCUCCAGAUUCAGCCACCCGCUGUACCCCCAGCCAGCCAGAGACAAAGUACACCGGGCCAGCACGGAGAGCCAGCCUCGGGGGUCUCCAGCCCUACACCAGCUACGAGCUGAGGGUGCUGGCCCACAACGAGGUGGGGAGCACGGCCUCCGAGUGGGUCAGCUUCACCACCCAAAGAGAAUUGCCCCAGUACCUCGCCCCGUUCUCCGUGGACAGCAAUCUGUCGGUGGUGUGUGUGGACUGGAGCGGCUCCUUCCUGCUGAACGGGCGGCUGCAGGAGUUCGUCCUGACCGAUGGGGGGCAGCGCGUGUACCGUGGAUCGGACACCGCCCUCUGCAUCCCCAGGACCGCGGACAAAACUUUCUUUUUCCAGGUCACCUGCAUUACAGAUGAAGGAAGUGUAAAGACACCUUUGAUCCAAUAUGCUACCUCUACUGGAUCUGGCCUGGUGCUGACCACUCCUGGAGGAAAGAAGGGACCCGGGAGCAGAGGCACGGACCUGUGCAGCCAGCUGUGGUUCAUCGUGUUGAUGGCGGUGCUGGGCCUGGUCUUGCUGGCCGUCUUCCUGUCCCUGAUACUGCAGAGGAAACUCCGCAGGGAACCGUAUAUCCGAGAGAGGCCUCCCUUGGUGCCUCUUGCGAAGCGGAUGUCCCCGCUGAAUGCCUGCCCGCCGGGGGACACCCACAUGGGCUUAGUUGAUACCAAAAUCCCCCGGUCUGGGACACCUGUGAGUAUCAGGAGCACCCACAGCCUGUCUGUACUGCACAUCCCAAGUCAGAACCAAGUCGGCCAGACCUACUCGCAAGGCUCCCUCCACCGCAGUGUCAGCCAGCUCAUGGACAUUCAAGACAAGAAGGUCUUGAUGGAUGACGCACUCUGGGAAACCAUCAUGGGCCAUGAGCGCGGACUGUGUGUGGAUGGAGAGGACCUGGCGAAUGCCAUCAAGGGCUUCAACUCUGUGACGAAGGAACACACCACGUUCACCGACACCCACCUGUGAGGGACGGAAGCCCAGGAGACGUACGGCUGGAUGCGGGCUCCACACCCCCUCCCCACUGGGUUACCGCACAUCAGAAACGCUAAAAAGCCAUGGCUUGUGAUCCCGUGACCCUUUAAAAAAAAGAGGACUGUUUUCGAAAUGGGUCUUCCCUAAGCGAGGUCUAAGAGAUGGUAUUUUUCUGGCUGUCUGAAAGGAGGGGUUAUCUGAAAUUUUAGGUCCAUAUGAAAAUACGCAUUGUGCUCUCCUUGUUUUGUGGAAGCUAAAUACACGUGUCAUGUUCACUUGGCUGUUUGGCAGUAACACCACUGGUUACAUGAAUAAUCAGUGACGAUUUCAAGGUGGCCCACAGUGGCCGCCAACGAAGUGAAGAUGCUAAUUUAAAAAUUAGGGAUUCGGAGUU